AUGGCGAGACAAAUCAAGAACGUGGCUCUUGCGGGCCCCAAUGGAAACGUCGGAUCAAACAUCCUGAAAGCCCUCAUCGAGGCGAACGUCUUCAACAUCACCGUUCUUCUCCGUGAGCAAGCGUCGGCAUUUCCCGACGGAAUUACGGCCAAGGUGGUCGACUUCACGUCUGUCGACUCCCUAGCCGAGGCGGUCAAGGGCCAGGAUGCAGUUAUUGAUGCAACCGUCGGCCCAAACCCCCGGGUCAGCCUUAACCUCAUCGAAGCAUCGCUAGCCAGUCAGAUCUACCAUUUCGUGCCGUCCGAGUUCACAUCAGACCCCAAUGACGUCAAAACCCGGGCUCUGCCGCUAUUUCAGGGCAAACGGACGGUGCACGAAUACAUACAAAAGCUGGGCCGCGAGGAGAAGAUUACUUUUACAAUCCUUUCUACGGGAGCCUUCCUUGACUGGAACCUCAACAACGGCUUCAUGUUUAUUGACCUUGCCAACAAGGAGAUCAACCUCAUGAACGACGGUGAAAUUGUGAUUCCGUGGACUCUUCUGCCUGUAGCUGGGAAGGCCACUGUCAAUGCACUUCUUCGUACGGACGAGACGGUGAACAAGACAUGCUAUGUCUAUAACAUCCAGAAGAGUCAAAAGGAGCUUGCAGAGCUCGCCAAGGAGGCCCUGGGUGACGAUGGUUGGCAGACAUAG